UUUGUCCCUCGAGUUGUUCCGUAGUUUUCAGACAUGGCUUCCUCAGAACCGCAACCUCGGUUCGGUCAGUCUGUUAAAAGUUUGUUGUCAGAUAAAGUCGGUUCUUGCAGUGGAGAUGUGAUUGCUCUUACACGCCAGGUAUUAAAGGGAUCUCGUAGCCAAGAGCUGCUCGGUCAGGCAGCAAGAAAUAUGGUUAUUCAAGAAGACGCCAUUCUCCACUCUGAGGAUAGUCUAAGGAAAAUGUCCAUAAUAACUACUCAUUUGCAAUACCAGCAAGAAGCCAUCCAAAAGAAUGUUGAGCACUCCAGAAACCUUCAGGACCAGCUUAGACACUUGCUAAAAUAAAGCAUGGGCAAGCUACGUUGUUGACAUGUUCAACUUGGACUUUGGUUUGUUCCUCGCACCUUGUGCAGGGUUUUGCACUCCAAAGACACGCAAUUGCCUCUCAAUAACCCUCAUGACAUUGAGGUAACAUCUUGUGUAUAGGAUUGAUUUCUGUUUUUUGUUUCAUUUCCUAACUAACAUUCAGUUAAAUUAGAUCAUAUUGAUUUUUAAUGAAAAAAUGGGUAGUGUCAGUAGUUAUGUUUACAUGGACAGCAGUAAUCUAAUUACUGACCUUAUUCUGAACAAGACGAUACUCUGAUUAAGGUGUUUACAUGAGUUGCUUUUAGAAUAUUAUUUCAUGUUCCUGAAUGUUUCUAUGUUAUAGAACAUAGAUGGAUUAACAGCACACGUCAUUAUGUCACCGCGCCACACCAACCGACGUUCCUCCAGAAUUUCACGUAUCAACAUACAGUUCAUCUUUGUUAUGGUACCGUAUACAGUUUUGGGUGUUUCAUUUUUAAUUUCACAAAGCUUCAACUGCAGUUGAUUAUUAGUCAUGCUGUACGUGCAAAUAGAUGACUGCUUGAAGCCGUGGGCUGCGUCCCAAACCGCGUACUUACCUACUAUAUAGUAGCUCAGAUACAUGUAUUUCACCUACUAUAUAGUAGGUAAGUACGCGGUUUCGGACGCAGCCGUGCUCUCUUGUUUGCCAUCAAAUGGUUGAGCACUGCUGUGUGUGUGCAUGUGUGUGUGUAUGUGUGUGGGAUCGUGUCCUGUCGCAAAAUGCGGUGAAAACUCCCACACGAUAGUAAUAGUGUGAUUAAGGUGUGUACAUGUCUGUAAUGCACUUCGAUAAUGUGACUAAAACAGGAAUACUCCACAUGUCUUAAUUCCAUUUGUGUUUACUUCAAGUAUGACUUUAGUCGGGUUAAGGUAAUUAAAAAUUGCUGUUUACAUGGUAGUUUCUUAAUCAGAGUAUCGUCUUAAUAGGGUUAAUAUCAUAUUGUUGUCCAUGUAAACUUACUGAGUGUUAAAUGAGCAUGCUUUUUUUGGGCGUGGUGGCGAGCAUAAACAACAGUUAACCCAGAUCUACUUAUUUGUUAAUAUAUUAACUUUUUUAUUUUAAUGAAUACAUUUGUCUUUGUAUAAACAUUGUUAUAUAUUUGAGUGAAAUCACGUUCUCCACAGGAGUAUGCCAGUAGAAUGUGUAAUAAAGCCUCAUGCACAUGUAAUAGCACUAGCACUUCAGCAAGGUCAAACAGAUGUCUGUCCUAGAGCAUAUCCUUGAUCAUUACUCCCAGAAAGCUUUGGGUUACACUUCAGGGUUUUCACUUAUCUCUCUGCAAGCUGUGCGCACAAGCAUUUAGACACAACCACCUUUAGUGUGCAAAAAAAAGAAAGAAAGAAAAUAACACAGGAUCAACUCUUAAAAAUUCUUUAGUUUAUAAAUUACAUAAAUAGAAAUGCAUUAUC